AUGCGCGAGGUGUCGUUCGAGCCGGGAGAGGCGAUCGUCACUCAGGGCGCGAGAGACGACGACGCGUUCUACGUGUUGGCGUCGGGUACCGCCAACGUCGUCGUCGACGGCUCGACGGUGAAGACGCUCGUGCCGGGCGAUCCCUUCGGAGAGGUGAGCCUCAUGUACAACACCGAGCGCACCGCUACGGUACGAGCCGCGGGUACGAGUAAAUGCAGAGCGUUCGAGCUCAAGCGCGAGCGAUACGACCUCGUACGAGCCGCGCAGGCUGACGCCGACGCCAGGCGAAGGCUCGAUUUGGUGUCGGCGUCGCCCACGCUGAGGGCGCUCGACGCGACCACGCUGCGACGCGUGGCGGAGUCCGCGGAGCCGCAGAGGUAUCGCGCCGGCGAGACGAUAUUCGUGCGAGGGGACGUGGGAGACGCGCUGUACGUGGUGGAGGUUGGGAUCGUAUCGGUGCACGCCGCGGGGGGCGAGGAAGUGAGGCGCUUCGGUGUGAAGGACGUUUUCGGCGAGGUGGCGCUGCUGAACGACGACGGGCGAAGAACCGCGGACGCGAUCGCGGCGACGGACUGCGUUCUGCUCGCGAUAACCCGCGACGCGUUCACCGCGAUCGCGGGUCCCUCGAUCAAGGCUGCGCUUCACGGCGCAGACAUCGCGAACGUCCCGCUCUUCGCGCACCUGGACGUUAAGCAGAUAGCCGCCCUCGCGGAGGCGACGCGGCUCGUAAAGUUUAGCGACGGGGACGAGGUCAUCCGCGCGGGCAUGCCCCCGGAGUGUCUGUUCAUCGUGGACGAGGGGACGUUCGAGGAGGUCGUGCCUCCUUCGCUGAAACUCAUCGCGACGCUCGGCUCGGGCGGGUUCAGUCGGGUUUUCCACGUCACGGCGCGGGUAUUAAUCGGGACCAACGGCGCGAAGGUUCGACGGUCAUACGCGCUCAAGGUUGUUCCCAUAGAGCAGAUGGUCAAGAACAACGUGGUUCAUAACGUGCGGAACGAGAGGGACGUGAUGAUGGCGCUGGAUCACCCUUUCAUCACCCGGCUUCACGCCUGUUUCAAAGCCGCCGACCACGUUUACUACGUGCUGGACUUAAUCCCGGGCUUGGAGCUUUACUGGUGCAUGCAAAACUUCGAGUUCUCCGAGCGAGGCGCCGCGUUCUACGUAGCGCAGGUGGUUUUGAUGCUCGAAUACAUGCACGAGAGGCAAGUGUCGUACAGGGACGUCAAACCGGAGAACCUCAUGCUGGCCAACGACGGGUACCUGCGACUGGUGGACUUUGGCCUGUCCAAAUUCCUGGCGCCGGGUGAACGAACCUUCACGUUCUGCGGUACCCCACUGUACCUCGCGCCGGAGAUUUGGGGGCACGGCGGUCACGAUAAGGCGGUUGACUGGUGGGCGCUGGGAUGUCUGGCCUACGAACUCGCGUCGAACGGCACGCUUCCUUUCCAUGGGGAGACGCAGGGCGACAUUCGCAAAAAGAUCCUAAACGAGCCGGUGUCCUUCGAUGGCGCGGCCAAAAGGUUCUCCCCUGAGCUCCGGGCGCUCGUCGAGGGCUUACUCCAAAAGAACCAGCACAAGAGACUGGGUGUGCUCAGGGACGGCGCGGGUGGGGUCAAAACGUCCGCGUGGUUCCGAGAUUUGGAUUGGAUAGCGUUGGCUCGAAUGGAGUAUCCUCCGCCGUUCACGCCGGAUGCUGCCGGCGGUUCAAAGGAGGCGCUCCGUAUCACCCCGAGGGACCAGGAGCUCGUGCCACCUCCGUCGCGCGAGUGCCCGAUGUACGGCGACAUGUUUCCCGACUUUUAG